CGGCGGAUUCGGGGAGGUGUGGAGCGGAAGUUGUGAGUCUUUCGAUUUCCCCGUUGGGGUGGGGCUGGCUGUUGGUGGCGGCGGCGCGAUGCUGGUGUGCGAUAUCUGUGGGCAGGUGCUGCCUUCGGAGGAGGCGGUGUGGCGGCACCGCCGGCGCACGCACCUGGAGCGUCUGCCCCACUGCCCGCUUUGCGGCGCCGCAGCGCCGGGCUACGACGAGCUCCACCGGCACAUCGAGGCAGCGCACCCGGAACCGGAGCCGCCGGGCGCCCGCUGCGCCGAGCCCGACCCGGGGCCGCCCGAGUGCCCAUUCUGCGGGGAGGCGGCGGCGGCGGGUCGGGAGCUGGAGGCGCAUGUGAUGGCGCGGCACGGGCACCUGCUUGUCCCCCCGGGCACAGGAAAUAGUGAACAGCUGUAUGAAUGUCCAAUGUGCAGUCUUACCUGUGCAAAUGUUCAGAUUCUCCAAGAACAUGUGGAUUUACACUUAGAGGAACAUAGCUUUUCAGAAGGUGGAAACUUAAGAGAUCUAGAACUGGCUCAGCGGCUCCAGACUGAAGAAGAUAAACAGCAAAGGUCAGAAGAAGAGAGGCAAGAAAGGGAAGAAUUUAAAAAGCUUCAGAGACAAUAUGGCUUGGAUAAUUCUGGAGGCUACAAGCAGCAAUUGCUAAAGAAUAUGGAGAGGGAAGUUGACAGAGGAAGAAUGCAGCCUUUUGAAUAUCACAAGAGAAAAGUUGACAUGAUGGAAUCUUUGGCUUUUGGUAUAGAUGAUGGGAAAACAAAGACCUCAGGAGCCAUUGAAGCAUUGUGCAAGUACUAUCAGAAUGAAAACAAAGAUGUGCGACGUGUGUGGCUUUCUACAUCAGUAGAUCAUUUCCAUUCAUCUUUGGGUGACAAAGGCUGGGGUUGUGGUUACAGGAAUUUCCAAAUGCUCCUUUCCUCACUGUUACAAAACAGCUCGUAUGAUGACUGCUUGAGAGGUAUUGUGCUAACGCCUAGUAUACCAAAGAUUCAGUCCAUGAUUGAAGAUGCCUGGAAAGAAGGCUUUGAUCCUCAUGGGGCAUCUCACUUCAACAACAGAUUACAAGGUACCAAGGCAUGGAUAGGAGCAUGUGAAAUUUAUUCGCUCUUAACUAGUCUCAGGAUAAAGUGUCAAAUCAUUGACUUUCACAAACCAACUGGUCCCAUGGGUACACACCCUCGUUUAUUUGAGUGGAUUCUGCGCUACUAUUCUACAGAUAAUGAAGGCAGUGCAAAGGUAGUGUGCACUUCCAGACCACCCAUCUACCUGCAACACCAAGGUCAUAGUCGUACUGUUGUUGGAAUAGAAGAGAGGAAGAAUAGAACAUUAUGUUUACUACUAUUUGAUCCAGGAUGUCCUUCACAAGAAAUGCAGAAACUGUUAAAACAAAGCAGUGAUGGUACUAGCCUCAAACUACUACGGAAACUUGUGGGUAGCUUAAAAGAAAAGCAAUACCAGAUAGUUGCUGUAGAUGGUGUACUCACAUUGGAAGAGAAAGCUGCUCGCUGCCGUGCUUCUCAGGUCUUCACAUCAGAAAAGAUUCCUUAAAGGAUGCCUUUACUACCUCUAUCUAGAAUUUGCCAGAUGCAAAACAUUAAACUUCUGGACCAUGAUUGUAACAUAACCAUUUUUAGAAUUGAACUAUGUUUUUUUAUAAGCAUUUGGGACUCUGGAGAAGCAUAAGACUGGAGUAAACCUGUGGUUUUGAUAUUCAACAAAAAGAUAAAACACUUCCCUCCUGCUGAAUCUGUAACUCUUCACUAUUAUGGUCCUUGAACUUAUUUGUUAUCUUAUUAGUACCUCUGAUAGUGUUUUCUUAGUUGUUUAAAUGAAAAAGCAACACCCACCUUCCUGUAGCAAACUAUGCACCAUGGGUAACUUCCAAGAGCAGUGGAUAAAGAUAGUGUGGAGCUACUUUAUUGCUGUGUCUUCUCAAGUUUACCUCUGUAAAUACAUUUAUACAGCCUCUGUGGCUAAUGCUGUAUUUCAUAUAAAGUUUGAUCUGAAAAUGUC